AUGCGGAAAAAGAAGACCUGGAUCUGGGCUCAAUUCUUCAUCUGCUUUGGGGUUCAGGAGCUUUUCGGCACCUUGGUCAAGAAGAAGGAAGACAGAGCACGCAGCCUCGUGGACGGAAGAUUCAUUCAAGAUGAUUGGGUGGGGUUUAGCCUCUUCGAACUUCGGUUGAUGCGGAUUGAGCAACUGAAAGGGAUGAAGCUUCUGCCAGUCGCCUUGCUAGCCUUGUCUUUUCUCUCUGAAGAUGGAGAUCGAAGAGCAGCGGACAGCGCUGGGAGAUCUUCUACUAAUUACUCCAAAGGCUUAUAUGCAACGCAUUGA